AUGAAGGAAACUAGCAUUGCAAGACCACAGAGGCGGAGGGCAGUUGGGAAGACGGACAGGCACAGCAAGAUCUACACGGCGCAAGGGGCGAGGGACAGGCGGAUGAGGCUCUCCCUCCCCAUAGCGCGGAGGUUCUUCGAUUUGCAGGACAUGUUAGGGUUCGACAAGGCCAGCAAGACCAUCGAGUGGCUGUUUCAAAAGUCCAAGUCCGCCAUCAAGGACGCCCUCAACAUCACUCAUCUCCCCGAUGACGACGGAGUUUUCAUCUCGGAGAAGAGUGAAGUUGUUGUCUCCGUCGGCGGAAGUGGAGAGGAGAUCAUCGAAAACGACGACAAGGUGAGAUCGACGAGGAUCGGUGACAAGGAUCCAAUGGUGGCGAGGGAGUGUAGAGACAAGGCGAGAGCGAGGGCAAGGGAAAGAACCAGGGAAAAGAUGAUGAUCGCCAAUGGCCAACAUAACCCUAGUAUUAAUGCUUCUUCUUCUUCUUCUUCUUCAUCUUCUUUCUCUUCGAUUAUUAUGGACUACACGGUGGUUCAUGAUUCCCAUACCCACCAAAACCCUAGAGCUCCAUCCUCGUCAAAUAUUCCUCAGGACCUGCAGCUUCAGUCGUCAGCAUGGGAUGAGUACUCAAAUAUUGGCACCAGGUAUGGUAAUAAUAGCUUCUACUAA